CAGACAAAAACAAGAGACAUUUCCGCAUUUCCAAAAUUCACACGAAACAGUUCACUACAAAUCCUCAAUGUGAAUCAUAUUGUGGAAGUUCUCCAUAAGAACGUUGUAGAUCAUAGUCGUAUGGCUCGUAUCGUUCAAGGAACUCGAGCUGGUGUGCUACCAGCACGUUCAUUGCAUACAUGCCAUGAAUACAUCAAAUAUGUCAUCGAAGUAGACACACUCUGGCCAAGCAGUAGUGGCAGUUGAACGUUAUAGAUUGUUUCUUAUAAGUCCCAAUCCUUUGCUUGGUUUUCAACUCCAGAAAAUAUAAUACCCAAAAGAAAGUGCAAGCCGCGCGCACCUUCUCUUCUUAGCAAGGGCCGACCUUGAUAGUUGCCAUUUUCUGACAACAGAACAUCCCAAGAUGCAUCUCCAAAUCUGCCCGAUUACUCUUCCUAGACCUUUCACAUCAAAGUCAACAUGGGUCUCGCAAAUCGAGUUUCUACGUCAUGGGUGAACACCAAGAUUGAAAGAACACUUGGCUCCUCUCGUGCUUCUGUCCUCCGCACCGUGCUCCUUGUAGGCGCCGGCUGCUUGAUCACCUAUCUCCUCUUACUUCCUCUCUUCUACCUCUUCAGUACAUUCACCAAUUUUUCUUCUCAGACUCGCUUCCAAUCUUUGAUCCAUGAACCCGGAGAGGAUACAAUCGAACACUUUGCAGGAAGUCGAGACUGUGGGAUCACACAAGCAGACAUUUAUGAUGCUCCAUGGCCCACGAGCCCAAACGCUUCUCCCUUCUGCAAGAACAGAGCGACACUCCUAGAAGCACUCAGUGGUGGUGGAAGACAUGGAUUCGAUGAGCCCUAUGUAGGCAAAGGCUGUACCUACCGAUGGUUUCCAACUCCAGAGAUUUGUAUGAUCCUGGAACGCCUCAAUGCCAUCGUAUUUGUUGGCGAUGAUGUUUCCAGAUCCAUAUACGCGGCUUUCAAUGUUCUUUUUCGAGAGGAUCUCGUUCUUGGAAGCUUGCAGGAAUGGCUCAUGACAGAGGAAGAUCGCAUGAAAUGCAAGUGUGACAAUCAGUUCAUCGACAGUCAAUGCCAAGCAUUCGCUAUCAAGAGCAGAGACGAAGUCAAGAAGAGUGAAAGUGGCGACCGGAAAGGAACUCCAUACUUUUGUGAAAGAGUUCCUCAUGCGUAUAUACCAGUGGAUACUGUUCCAACCUCAGCUGCCUCCCAAACACUUUUCAAAGAGUUGAUGUACUCUAAGCCGAAUCCUUGGCAACCAAGUCCCAUGAUCUUCUCCUUUGGUCACGGCUCUUCGUUUGACGUAUCGACCACGACUCGGGCUUUGGAUGAAUGGACUAGCUUGGCCACAGCUGCAGAAAGGAAUAUCCCAAUGCUGUUCCUCGGAUCUCCAGCUUUCAGUCUAAGUAAGAGUACUGGGACGGCGCCUGACAAGGGAAACCUUGCAGUAUGGCAGUAUUUGGACGAGAUGAGUCCAGUUGCAAAGGAGAAGCACUUCGAUGUAUUGAGCCUGUACAAUCUUACUCUGCAAGCUUCGACAGCUGAUGGCGAGAGUUUUGGUGAAAAGGUAGCUCUAGUUGAGGCCAUGAUGAUCAUCAAUUGGCUGAGUAAGUUAGAGACUUCUUGA